AGUCAAUGAUCAAAACCAAUAGAGGUAUUUACGUUGCUAUAAUUAGUCACGUGACAAACAAAACACAAUAUAGCAACUGCAACAUGGCUGCCAUCAUUGGAAUGUGAUACUUCAGCAGGACGGAAUUUACAGUUCAGAGAACACAUUUAUCUAGAAAUGAGUAUAAUCAUUGGCAAUGUCUCUAUAGUUGAAUUUUGAAAAGUUUGCAAAAACUCUCAUUUUCUUUGUAAUGUUAUCAUCAAUCAGUAUUUUAUUUCAACAAAAGUACAUAUUAAGUACAUAUUAGGUGUUCAGCAAACUCUGUGCCACACCUAAGAAGUAAACAUUGGGUUAGGAACUAUAAACAUUUAAAAAAAUGAACCGCUAUCAGAUCUCUAAGCAACUUGGGGAUGGAACUUAUGGAAGUGUUUUGCUUGCAACUACAGUUGAAACAAAUGAAAAAGUGGCAAUUAAAAAAAUGAAAAAGAAAUAUUAUUCUUGGGAUGAAUGCUUGAAUCUUCGAGAAGUUAAGUCUUUGAGAAAACUGAAUCACCCAAACAUUGUCAAGCUGAAGGAAGUGAUCAGAGAGAAUGACAUGUUAUAUUUUGUUUUUGAGUUUAUGAAGGAAAAUCUUUACCAGAUGAUGAAAGACAGAGACAAACUUUUGCCAGAGUCAGUAGUACGUAACAUAACAUACCAAGUACUUCAGGGGUUGACUUUCAUGCAUAAACAUGGAUUUUUUCAUCGUGACUUGAAGCCUGAAAAUUUGUUGUGUAAUGGAACUGAGCAGGUCAAAAUAGCAGAUUUUGGUCUAGCCAGAGAAAUCAGAUCUAGGCCACCUUACACAGAUUAUGUCUCAACACGAUGGUACAGAGCUCCUGAAGUUCUACUACGUUCCACUAACUACAGUUCACCCAUUGACAUCUGGGCCAUUGGUUGCAUCAUGGCAGAACUCUAUACUCUCCGACCCCUCUUUCCUGGUAGUUCAGAAAUAGAUGAGAUUUUUAAAAUAUGUUCAGUGCUAGGGACACCAAAAAAGGAAGACUGGAAUGAGGGUUAUCAGCUGGCUGCGAGUAUGAACUUCAGGUUCAGUCAAUGUGUUCCUGUUCCACUGAAACAGGUCAUUCCCAAUGCUACCAACGAUGGAUUACAAGUCCUGAAAGACAUGCUGAUGUGGAACCCACAAAAAAGACCCUCAGCCCCUCAGUGUUUACGGUAUGCAUUCUUCCAAGUGGGUACAGAUCUCUUACGUCCACCACCCCCUACAUCUAAAACCCCAACCAAUCUUCCAUCCCAGACUUCCCCACAGAAGCCCAUGGCUAAGCCUCCAAGCACAUACCCAGAAACAAAGCCUACUGACUACAGCUUCCAUCCACAGCCGCAGAGGGUGGGGCUUGCAGAUGAUCUCUCUGACUUACUUCCAGCUUUACCUAGCCAGAUGUCCAAACAGAAUGAUUCAGACUUUUUCUCGAUGACAGUAAGCAAAAAACAAAGUGGUGGUCGAAAACGUUGGGGGGCGGGACUUUCAGACACUUGGGAUGACUGGACAGAAUUUGAUACACUGCCAAAUAAAACCACCAAAAAAGUUCCGGUACCUCCUAAGAAUAACAACAAUGCUUUAGGCAAAGAGAAUAAAAAUGAUGAUGAUGACUUUCUAGGGAGUUACCAGGCAAAAAACUAUCCAAUGGUAAACAGACAACAAAACAGACUUAACUCAGGACGAUCUUCAGCAGCAUCAGCUAAACAACAUUACUUUAGUAAAGCCAGGUACUUACCAGGAAUGAAUCCUAAAAAUAGUGCUCGCCGAGACAGUGUUCGAAGAGAUAGUGGUUUGGGGCUAGGGAAUGAUUGGAACUCCAUGCCAAAAGCACAACCUUUGGCUGCCAUCAAUUCUAACAACAAAGUAUCCAGACCUCAAAACAAUGACAGUGAUUAUGUCCCAUCAUUUCUUGGAAAUAAAGGUACGGGCAGCACUUUUGGUAAUUCAAACUUUACAAGCUCCCCAUCUUAUGACAACUCUCCAAGUGGAGGUGGCACUUUUGUUAACCCUGCAGGCAGGGGACUUAAUUCAAAUUUCAUGCACCAGAAUUCAGGGGCUGCAGGUGGGGCUAGUUCAAAAACUGGCAGUGGAGCCUAUCAGCCAUCAUUUAACCAAAGUUCAGGUUCUACAGGCUACCAGCCAUCAAUAGGUGGAUGGAAAAAAACAGCUCCUUUACCAGCUGUAGGAAGUAAUAAAAAACCUGGCCCUUCAGAUUACGGUCCUGGACCUCGUCGAACUGACUGGUCCUCAAAAUAUCUCAAGUCCUGAUUAUGAGAGAAAAGUUUAGUUUUGAAAAAGUUUACAUCCAAUCCCAGUUCAAGAAAUAUGCAGCUAAUGGUUCACUGGAACUUUGCUCUUCUCUCACUUACACACACACACAAGCACACAUACUCAUGCAAUGAGUAAACAUACAAUUUAUUGCAUUGCUUUUCAGUUAAUUUUAAAUAUUUUUUUGAAUUCAUUUCAAAUUGAGUUGAAAUAUCUCCCGAAGUUUACAUUUUAAAACAAAAACAAUGUAUGAUACAUUUUUCUCUAUUAUAUCUAAUAAUUUGUAUUUUAUUUUUAAGCAUCUUAUAUACAAUCAACCUAGUCAUAAUUAUAGUAUGCAUAAAAUGAAACAAGCAUGCUCAGAUAAAUAACAUGCAAUGCUGAAAGUAAGAGAAUCUGUUCUCAGACUUUUUUUGAUACUUAUGCACACGUUUUUAUUUGUAUACAUAAAUAAGAUCUGGCUGUAAAUACAAUAUUUUACAUUCAAACUCUGAUAAAACAGCUUUAUACUUUUGAAAAUAAUUGUUGAUUCUAAAAAAAAAAGCCGCUUUUCAUUCAUUGCAGUUCUAUCUUUCACCAGUAGAAAAAUUAACAUAAUUUAUGGCAUGUGUUAAAAAUAAUGUGCCAUGAAAAUUAAAUAAAACAAUUUGUAUGAAUUCCUCAUUGUUUUAAAUGAAUGGAAUAUUUUUUUUAUAUACUUUAUUUUUGUUGAAAUGAAGAUUGUUUGAAAUUAAUUAAUAAUCAUUGAAUUUUGUUGUCAUGACUUUUAAUGAAAUAUGGCAGCACAAAUGAACUUCAGUGCAAACAUGCCACUGUCUCUUAACUAUUGUUAAUUUCUAGUAGCUUAGUCAUUUUUACAUAUUAAAAAUCUUCAUAAAAUUGGUUCGUAAUUCUUGAGAAAGUUAAGUAUUAAUAUAUAUCUAUCAAAGAUUUAUAAAAAUGGGACUUAACUGGGAAAAUCUCUCUCUCUUUUUGUAAAUAGCAGAUAUAUAAUAUGAAAAUGGGAUCAAAUUGCUCCCACGUCCAUAUGUCAGUGACAUAAAUAAGUUUAGGUCAGUUUGGAAAGGUUCUUUUCAUCCAUAGUUCGUUGACAUAGUUAAGUUUAGGUUAGUGUAGAGAGAUUCUUUUCAUACACAUGUCAGUGACAUAGUUAAGUUUGGGUAAUUUUGUUUUCAUCCACAUGCUCUUAAUAAUAAUAAUAAAAUCCUGCCCCUUUAACAUUGACCUAAUUUUCAAAUUCAAUUGGGUCUUUUUUAAUGAUCAAGGUGUCAAACCUUUGUAGAUUUUAUUUUGUUUUAACUCUAAGCUGUGAUAGUUGCCUCAUGCAUAUUGUUUAAAAGCUUUUAUUAUUUGUUUUAGUAGACAUUCUGAUAUAGUUCCAUUUUUUUCUUCAUGUAAUAUUAACUUAUAAAUAUUACUGUUAAAAUACUGAUUUAUUUUCAGCUUAAAUACAUUUGAUAAAUUUAUACAAGCUUCUUAUAUUUUGUUUUCUUUCACUAUUAGAUCCAAAUAUUUUUAUGAUGUAAACAAAAUAUCUCACUGUACUAUAAACAAGCAAAAAAACAUUAACUUAAAAGUAGAUAAAUGACCCAAUAUCAUCUGUACAUGUUGCCCUUUAUAAAUUUUUUGUGGCCGUUUAACAAAAUGAGCAUUUAUAACAAAUAUAAAUGUAAACAAAAUAUAUAGGAUUGGUCUUUUUAUUUUUAUAAAGGUUGUGAAAUAAUUGUUUAUCAACUCAUUACAAUAUUUUUAAAAUUAAACUUAAUAGUAAAAUGUAAUUGCUUUUUAUAGUUUCUAUAAAUUUGUGUAAUUUUCCUGCUGUUUAUUUCCAUGAAGAACUCUCAUUCUAUUUGUAUAUAGAUUUUCAUUCUGUGUAAUAAAUCAAAAUUAAUAUGACAUUUAUAAUGG